AUGAUUCUGCAAGAGCAAAGCACAGAAGCCGACCGAUUGCCAAUUCGAUCUCGUGACUUUUAUGGUUUGACACUCAGGGAUGGUCUCAAAUUCAUUUCAUCUCUAAUUCUCCCACUAAUGUUGGGCAUUUUUACCGUUGUCAUCACUAUUCAUCAACAGAAUGCGGUCGCAAAACAACGUGCCGAAGACCGAAAUGCAACACGACUACAGCGCGAUCAAGAGUUAGUAAUUGCAAAAAAUCUAAGUGAUGCAAAUAAAGAAUUGGCUACCGCGCACAAGGAGCAGGAGAAGGAGCGAUACCAAAACGACAUUUUAGUGGCCUAUAUCAAGGAAAUGGGUGAGCUUUUGAAAGAUAACGGUGGUUCACUCACAUCUAAUCCAGUCACGACUACACCUGUCCGCGUCAAAACUCUCAAUAUCUUUCGUCAAGUUGAUCCGCUGCGCUAG